AGUCAAUCGCCGCCGACCUUGUUUAUCAGAGCCUGCUGAUUGGAGGAGACGGGCUGCGCCUCCUGCAGGCUGCUGCGUGGAGCCGAGGGCAGAGUCGCUGCCCUUGGAAGCCUUUCCUUGCCACCAUGGCCGUGUCGGCGGUACUUCUGCGAGGCGUCGUCCACGGGCGCAGUCCCCUGCUUCGGAGGCUGACGCAGGAAAUAAGACAUGUGGAGCGAAAGUAUGGAUCAAAACCUACUUUGAAUGAAGUGGUUAUUGUAAGUGCCACCAGGACGCCCAUUGGAUCCUUCCUGGGCAGCCUUUCGCCCCUGCCAGCCACUCGACUUGGUUCCAUUGCAAUUCAGGCAGCCGUGGAAAAGGCAGGGAUUCCAAAAGAAGAAGUGAAGGAAGCCUACAUGGGGAACGUCAUACAGGGAGGUGCAGGACAAGCCCCCACAAGGCAAGCAGUUUUGGGUGCAGGUUUGCCUAUUUCUACUCCAUGCACCACCGUGAACAAAGUUUGUGCCUCUGGAAUGAAAGCCAUCAUGAUGGCCUCUCAAAAUCUUAUGUGUGGACAUCAGGACGUGAUGGUGGCAGGUGGGAUGGAGAGCAUGUCCAACGUCCCCUACGUAAUGAACAGAGGCGCAACACCCUACGGUGGGGUAAAGCUUGAAGACUUGAUAGUAAAAGAUGGGCUGACUGACGUCUACAAUAAGAUUCACAUGGGUAACUGUGCUGAGAAUACCGCAAAGCAGCUGGGCAUCACAAGAGCAGAGCAGGACGCCUACGCGAUUAGCUCUUACACCAGAAGUAAAGCCGCGUGGGACGCCGGGAGAUUUGGAGACGAAGUUACUCCUGUCACAGUUACAGUGAAAGGUAAACCCGAAGUAGUGGUGAAAGAAGAUGAAGAAUACAAGCGUGUUGAUUUUAGUAAAGUUCCAAAGCUGAAGGCAGUUUUUCAAAAAGAAAAUGGCACGGUGACAGCCGCCAACGCCAGCACACUGAACGACGGGGCAGCUGCUGUGGUGCUGAUGACCGCAGACGCAGCCAAGAGGUUCAACGUUAAGCCGCUGGCCAGAAUAGCAGCGUUUGCCGAUGCUGCCGUGGCGCCCAUUGAUUUCCCGGUGGCACCUGCCCAUGCUGUGCCCAAGGUUCUUAAAGAUGCAGGACUGAAGAAAGAAGACAUUGCAAUGUGGGAAGUAAAUGAAGCCUUUAGUGUGGUUGUGCUAGCAAACAUUAAAUUGCUGGAGAUUGAUCCCCAAAAAGUGAACAUUAAUGGUGGAGCUGUUUCUCUGGGGCAUCCCAUUGGGAUGUCGGGAGCCAGGAUCGUGGUUCACCUGGCUCACACCCUGAAGCAAGGCGAGUACGGACUCGCCAGCAUCUGCAAUGGAGGAGGAGGGGCCUCUGCACUGCUGAUCCAGAAGCUGUAGACCAGCCUGCGAGACUCUGGGACGGCUCUCUGGGACGGCUUGCAUCCAAAUGCUGAUUUAUGAUUUUCUAUUGUAACUUCUGAAAAUAAAAACAGUCAUAUCCCCAA